AUAAUAUCAUUAUACUAUUAGUACAUGAUAACAUAAAUAAAUACUAUUUAACUAUUUACUAUAUAAUCUAAAUUAAUACAAUAACAUAAAUUAUAAACCCAGUGAAUAUGCACAGUUUGAAUGUGUUAUAUAGGACCCAAUGCAGUGGAAAGGAAUAUUAAAAAAAAAAAAAAGAAGCGGUUUUCUGUUGCCUCCACAUUUAAACAUUAACUCUUGAUUGUUCUCAUUUUAAAGUGAAAUUCAGCAGGUGGGGGACACUACGAUCUGUGGAGUGGCUCAGCAAAGGGAAAAGAAUUACACCUCAUAAUAAUUUCUAAUGUGAGAUUCAGUAGAUUUUAUUUGUGUACAUGCUGUGAUCAGCUGACCUGCUGCUCUUUGUGAAUUUACACAACUGAAUUUAGCAAGAUGUCAGCAGUUUUCACAAGAUGUCCUGGGUGAUGUCCAUCCUCUACACUGACACGGACACCACUCCUCUACUCAUUAUAUUGUCUUUACAGUAGAUAGUAUAAAGUUCAGUGAAUUCAGUGAAUUAAUCUAAACAUCAUCAGCUUAAGUGUGAAGUUGUUUCACACUCUUUUCUCUCCCUGUGAAAUAAAACCGUAAAUAAACAGUUUGUGUGUUAGCUGAUAGAAAUGUUGAAUUUGAAAUUACCUGCCACUUAGCGCUAGCUAGAUUAUGAAGUUCCGCUAACACAAAAGGUCACCUGCACUACUUCUGGAAAUGUAGGCAGUAAAAGUAAAGUGUGUCAGAAAAGUAAAUAAUUAAGUAAAGUACCUGGAUUUUCUACAUAAGUACUGUAACAAAAUAUUUGUAUUUAGUUACUCCCCACCUCUCUAUAUCUAUCUAUAGUGUAUAUAGAUAUAGAUAGAUACAUAGUUUCUUGAAUUUCUGUUUUGAAACAUGACAUUCUGUAACUUUCUCUCUGUCUUUUUUUCCUGUGAAAUAAAGCCUCCCAAGAAACAACAGGUAUGAGCAACAGGCAGUCAGGACAUCGUCUCUCUUUGACAAUUAGACACAGAGAACUCAGCUCAAGAUACACACAGGAAGCUUCCUUACUCUCUUUCUCACUGCUUCGUUCUCUUCAGCAAUAUAUCCAUUUGCUAGUAGGUACACACUGAACUGUCACUGUUAAACUACACUUGCAUUGCUCUGAUGCCACAGAAGAAGGCCGGUAAGGUGUCCAAGGCUCAGAGGACAAAGCGGCAGCAAGAGGAGGAGGAGAGGAGACUUCGAGAGGAAGAGGAAGCCCUGAUCAGGGCAGAAAGAGAAGAACAGGAGAGAGUGGAAAGAGAGAGAAAGCAGGAGGAAGUGGAAAGGCUUGAGCUGAAGGACCUAGAGCGCAGAGAGGCCGAGUUGAAGGAACUGCACCAUCUACUGGAGGAGAAUCAUACUGCAGUAACCAAAUGGAAAACUGAAGCUGUGGAGAUAGCCAAGUGGGAGCGAUACAUGCGUUGCGACGGUGCACCAGACCCAGCAGUGCAGAAAGAGAUGAAUACAUACAUGUGUUUAUGGAGAGAUGACCCUGAGGUCAACAUCACGCUUGUGCUCCAGCAGUGUAAUCUUGCUCUGCAGCUGGUAGAUGAGUUGGAAGAUCUCCUCAAAGAUGUUACAGAUCCCCAGGAGGGCCAGAAGUACCAGAAGGUUCUCAUAAGUUUGCAGGAGCUAAUUCACUCAAAACACCACCUUGCUACUGAAGAGAUCCUUAAGAGUGCCAGUGAAAACGUCAGCACUGAGACAGGCAACAUGCAGACUGUGAUCAAAGAUGACAACAUUACACUGUGUCUCUGGGCCAACCUCAAUAAGAGUACAAGGUUUAAGAGUGUCAGCUUCAGUGAGGCAGGCCUCAGCUUUGAGCUUCCCAAGCAGCUGGCUGUGAGUGACAUCGCUGUGCGCAUCCUCCACACCCGGUAUGACCACCUAUCUUCAUUAGCCAGGAUGACUCAUCUGAGAACACACACACCCAGCGACAGGGUCUACCCGGCGAUGCAGUCCACCCAAAGAAUGCACAUCUCACAGAGUGCAGCCAGUCUUUUGUCAAGGAGGAACAGUCCAGAGGCUGAAGAGAGCCAAGUGAGCCACGUCCAAACACAGAUGGAGGCACUUGAUGUCAGGGAUCCGAUUGGUCCCCCGGAGGAGCACACAGUGAUCAACCCUGUUGCCCAGGUGGUAGACUUGAUGGAGUACACACCUCUGGGUGGAGUAUUCUACUAUGAUGCGUUUCACCUCCCACCUCAAAUUCAAUAUGCCCAUGGCUGGAAAUUUGUGCAGGUGUUGAGGACAGGUAUGCAGGUGUUCUCUUAUCAGGCUGAGAAGUCCGGUUUGGAUGGCCACGAGGCGCUCCCCUGCCCUCUUGUUGGGGUGUCUGUGACACUGCCUGACUCUGUUGUCUUUUUGGAAGCUCCACAAGUGGCUCGCUGGGAUGCUGCAGAUAAGCAGUGGAGGAUGGAUGGCAUCACCGACAUCUCCUAUGAUGAGUCUGAGGCCAAAAUCUCUUUCAAGGCGGACUCCUUCCAAGCGUUUGCGCUGAUGCAGAAAACCUACGCCAACCUUCCUUUUCAGAGCUGGGAGCUCCGGCCACUGGGCCAGGACUCUGCUCUCUACACUGUCAACGGGGCGUUCAUGAACAUCAGCAUCACUAUUCAGGAUAAUAAAUGUAUGCUGCAACAGAGCAAGAGGGGGGGGCUCUCUCACCUCAUAGGAAAGUGGAUGAGUGGCUCGGACCUGCAGAAGGCCAUGGUCGACGCUGGGGUCAACAUCUUUGUGAAUGAAUACGCGCACAAAUACGUCAGCAGCACUGCCAAGGACCCACUCACAGAGCACGCUGCCUACGAACAGAUGGCCCUCUUUUCCUCUGCCUGUGCAUUCUCGUGGAGCAAGUGGAAUGCUAAAUGUGGAGCUGAGCAUCUGGUCAUGCAGGUGUAUGAGCACCACAAUCCCUCCCCCGUGCCCGAGGACUCAUGGAGUCUGUACCUUCUGGGAGCUCAGAGGAGUCGAAAGCUGGAGAUCACAGAAACAGGUGAAGCUUUUUCUCCAGAUCAUUAUCCUGGCAGCGAGUUUCACUCCACCUUCAUCCACUUGCUUCAGGACACCAUGAGUCCUGAUGGCGUCGCUCGGACCAGAAACUCCCAUCAUUUGUUUGUCGACACAGUACAGAGCCUGCUUUGUGCCACAAGGCCCCUGAUGUAUUCAUAAUCCCAGUGAAAUAAACUUAAAAAUGCACGACUAAAUACAA